AUGGGCGAAUUGAUCACAACGUUUGGGAAGUGCGACUUUAUGACCAAGCAGCAAUUUGUAAUGGUAAUGGGAAGAAAAUUGGCAUCUAUGUUAGUCAAUAUCGUUGCGCAUGUGAAAGUUCUUAACAAGUCAGUUCUUUUGAUGAUUAACAGCUACGAAUAUGUCACGUAUAAUCUGCAAAAGGUGAAACUCUUUAAGAUUUCGGCUGAAGCGCUUCGUCUGUCAUCUCCAGUGAUGACAACAUCUGUAUGGUCUUCAUGUGGAGUUUCUCUUGUUGAAGACGAGGAGUAUUUGCUUGCAGGUAACUACUAUGAUGGAAAUUUUCUCACAUCAAAUUGUGGACAAGUGAUUGACGAUGAACAAGAAGGAUUUUUUGGCAGAGGUCCUAUGAAGUGGGAAAAUGUCACUGCAGAAUUUCUGGCCAGCCUCGGUUCAUUCAAGUGUUAA